UGCGACUCUUGGCCAGAGGGAAAGGGCGGGGGAGGCGGGAAGCGGUCGAGCUUUCUGAUUGGCUGACGGGUCCGCAGCCGUUGGGGCGUGAAAAAGCUGUGAAGUGCGCGAGGCUGUGGUGGGAAUUGGGUUUUCCUCAGACUUGAGGCGAGGACAAGCGCAUUGGAAGCGGACGAGGAACCCAGGGUGUGGCGGAAGACUGGGGAGAAUCUAGGGAGGCCGGUUUAUACUUUCAGUGAACCGUCCAGGUGCCCCAAGAGGCUGGUGAAUAUGGACGGACCUAUGAGGCCGAGGUUGGCCUCCCUCAGUGACUUUCAGUUUGGAGUUGUUGCCACAGAGACGAUCGAAGACGCUCUGCUUCACUUGGCCCAGCAGAAUGAGCGAGCAGUGCAGGAGGCUGCGGGUCGGACGGGCGGCUUCAGGGAGACCCGGAUCGUGGAGUUUGUUUUUCUCCUGUCUGAACAAUGGUGUCUGGAGAAAUCUGUGAGCUACCUGGCUGUAGAAAUCCUAGAAAGGUUUAUGGUUAAACAGGUAGAGAACAUCUGCAGGCAAGCCACAGUUCAGCGGAGAGAUAACGAGAAGACAGAGUCUCAUAACUGGAGGGCUCUGAAAGAGAAGAUUUUCAACAAGUUUAUUCUCCGUCUUGUGUCGUGUGUUCAGCUGGCCAGUAAACUUUCCUUCCACUACAAAAUAAUCAGCAACAUUACAGUCUUGAAUUUCCUCCAGGCUCUAGGGUAUCUGUACACUAAAGAAGAACUGCUGGAGUCAGAGCUUGAUGUUUUGAAGUCUCUAAACUUCCAAAUCAAUCUGCCCACUCCCCUGGCAUAUGUGGAGAUGCUCCUAGAGGUUUUAGGAUACAAUGGCUGUUUGGUUCCAGUUACACAGCUGCAUGCAACCUGCCUGACCUUGCUUGACCUGGUCUAUCUUCUGCAUGAACCCAUAUACGACAGCCUGCUGAGGACUUCAAUUGAGAACUCUACACCGAGUCAGCUGCAAGGGGAAAAGUUCAUUUCAGUAAAGGAAGACUUCAUGCUGUUGGCAGUAGGAAUCAUUGCAGCAAGUGCUUUCAUCCAAAACCAUGAGUGUUGGAGCCAGGUCAUGGGACAUUUACAGAGCAUCACUGGCAUUGCCUUGGCGAGCAUUGCUGAGUUCUCUUACGCAAUCCUGACUCACAGCGUGGGAGCCAACACUCCGAGGCGACAGCAGCCUGUUCCUCCCCACCUGGCAGCCAGAGCUCGGAGGGCUGCUGCUUCCUCUAACACAUGAGGCAGACUGAAUCCACCAAAUAUAAACAGCCCUCUGUCACUGCA